AUGGCUGCGAACAAACCCAAUGGUACCUUUUACCCAAAAUUGGAAACCGAUAAAAAAAGAAUCCCAAUUCCACGCCAAUUCCAAAUUCCAAAUCCAGUUCCACGUCCCGUCUUCCCUGAACCUCUCACCAAUGUAUUCAUCCAAGUCCGGCCGAGUUGGCGGCGGCGGCGGCUCAGGCCGCGGACCCGGAGCCGGCAAGCUUGGCCGACCCUCCUUCCCUCCACCCCACCGCUCCUCCGCCCACACCACCAGCCGCCUCUCCCUCGGCGGCGGCUCCAAUCCCAGAGGCCGCAACUCAGGCCCCCCACGGCAUCAGCCGCCCCGCCGGCCGUGGAAGAGCAGUUCAGUUUAGUCCCCGGCCGCAACCCACUUGCUUUCUCUGUGAUCAUUCGUAUGGCGCCGGACUUGGUCGAAGAGAUCAAGCGCGUCGAGGACCAAGGUGGGGCGCCCCGCAUCAAGUUCGGUCCGUUGCCUAAUAACCCAAUGGGCAAUGUUAUUGAUCUGGGUGGGAAGGAAUUUACAUUUACAUGGGACAAGGAAUUAGGUGACCUCUGUGACAUUUAUGAAGAGCGUGAAAGUGGUGAAGGUGGAAAUGGUUUGCUAGUUGAAUCAGGAUGUGCAUGGCGCAAAAUUAAUGUGCAGCGUAUCUUAGACGAGUCAACCAAGAACCGUGUUAAACAGCGGUCAGAGGAAGCUGAGCGCAAGAAUAAAUCCCGCAAAGCCAUUGUGCUAGAACAAUGUAAAGCUCCAACAAAUCAGUUAAAGCAAUAUGAUACUACAGCAGCUAAUCAACCAUGGAGGAAUUUCAAACAUAAAAAAGAGCCUCCGUUUAAGAAGCAGAAAGUUGAACUGCCUCAAGCUCCCCCUAAAACUACAUUUAAAACUGGAAUGUCAUCAGCAACUGCUGCAAAGGGCAGGUACUCAUCAUCACCUCUUCCAACUCUACCUGAGCAAUCUGGGGCUCUAUCAUCUCCAUUAAAAACUGGAAAUAGUUUGAAGAGUCAUGCAAGUGCAGAAGAUGUUAUACCCUUUCAAGUGACUAGAAAAGAUAAGCCCGCUCCAAGCUCUGAUAAAGAAAUCCCAAUCAGGAACAGUACUGCACCACGACAAACAGUGGGCAAAGACAAUAGUGGAGCUAACCCUACAGAUUUGCAGAGUAUGUUGAUUGCUUUGCUCACGGAGAAUUCCAAGGGGAUGAGAAUAAAGGAUUUAGAGAAAGCUAUUGCAGAUUCAUAUCCAAACUCUAUAAAGAAAAUUGAGCCUAUUAUUAAGAAGAUUGCUAAUUAUCAAGCUCCAGGGAGAUACGUUUUGAAAUCAGGAGUGGAGUUAGAAAGCUCAAAGAAACCUUUGUCUGAAAGUGGAAGUUCUCCCGAGGAGAAACUUCACCAGGAACCUGCUCCUGAUGGUAAUCGUGAUCAAAUGCCUGUUCAAGCACCACACUUUGAGGAGAAAGUUUCUCCUAAUGGGUUGGAGGAGCAGGUUCACGAACAAUUGAAUGCUACAGUGGGUCAGGAUUCAAGUGCAUUGAUUAAAAUUGAUAACCAACAGCAAUCCCUUGAUUUGUUUGGUGAAAAAAGGGGCUCCGACGAUAAUGUAGCGCUAGUAGGAAGCUCUAGCGAUACUGGGAGUGACAGUGACAGUGAUAGUGACAGUAGCGAUACCGGAAGUGACAGUGGCAGUCAUAGCAGAAGCAGAAGUAAAAGUCCAGCACGAAAUGGGAGUGGGAGUAGUAGUGAUAGUGACAGUGAUGCAUCUUCUAAUAGCAAGGAAGGUUUUGAUGAGGAUGUGGAUAUUAUGGCAAGUGACGAUGACAAAGAACUGAAGCAUCAAUUGCAAGACUCUGAACCAGGGUUUUCUACUUUGCCCGUCCUAUGGAGAACUCCUGAUGGCAACCCUUUGCAGAGUGGGAAUGAUGAGAAGCAAGAUGAUCAUGAAGUUGACGCAGUUGAGAUUGAAAAACAGUUGCUUGAUGCCGAUCAGGUUGCUGAAUUGGCUCCAGUUAGUAACUCUAAUCAUAAUAAAAGUGAACCUCGAGAAGAAACAAAACCCUUUUCACCUGAGCAUGGUAAGCUGCAAGACCACCAAAGUUUGGUAGAUCCUUUGUAUGGAGGGGGGAGUACAGCCAAGGAUGACUUUAGGUAUGAGCAGUCUGACAGCUCUGAGAGGAUAUCUAAAGAACAGAAAUAUCACAGCAACCUUGUCACAGUUUGUCUCCUGAUAGACUUGUUGAAGGCUCUCAUAAGGACCCCUGUCUCUCAAACGAUUAGUAGAGAUGAUAGGGAUGGGAAUAUUGAAUCUGGAUCCCUAAAGGCUUGCAACCAAGCAUUUUCUGGCAGAUAUACUUCAGAGUUUAAACAAUCAAGUCGGAAGUCUUUUGAUCAUAAUUUACAGACAAAAGUUCCUGAUUCAGCAGAAAAACCAGAUAGAUAUGCUGAAAACUUAGGGCAUGGCGGGAAGUACUCUGAAAAGAGCUCUCAAAUGCACGAAGGUUUCCUCCCUCAAAAAGAUAAACUUUAUAGAGAUACUCAAAAUGAGGAUGGUUAUGCUAAUGAGAGAAAGGUUCCAAGAAAUUCUAAGGAAGGUGGUACCCGAGGCAAACAGUCAGUGCCCUUGGAUCCUCAUUACCAGAAAGACGGUGAUGUGGCUGGAAAGAUCAAGGGGAAUGCACAAAUUUCCAGCCUGUUACUGGGGAGUUCACCAAAGGAUAACAGCACAAAUGGUGCAGACACAUCCCCUGUUGUUCAUGGCAGAGGCAGUAAACUCCAAAGAGAGUUUUCAGACUUGGAGUUGGGCGAACUUCGUGAGCCCUUGCUUGAGGAAACGACAGUUAAGAAGCAAUUUGAGAGGAAAAGUUCUUUUAAGCAGUCAGAUAACAAAACGAGCACUUCAGAGAACAGGGUUUCUGAAUUCGGUAAAGUGAAACCUGCAGGAAAGGCAAAUUUUGAUUUGCGAAGGCCAUCCCCUCCAGAUUUAAACUCUAAGCUUCCAUGUAAUCAGGAAGGCUUGAAUAAAAAGAGGAACUAUGAAGAUCGCAUUGAGGAUUUAACAAGGUCGCAACAGAGAGCUGUGCAGUCUCAGUCACAGCACCCAUCACUAGUAGAUCAUCCUGAUGUGGGGCGUUCGUUUAGCAAAACAGUGGAUCUUACUAGUAAAUCUCGACAGAAUGAAGCUGGAGGCAGACAAGCAAUUGGUGUGGCUGGACAUGGAGAAAGCAAUAAGAAAGCAACCUCAAGUGCUCCUCAGCAGCUUGACUCAAAGCGAAGGCUAGUUUCCCAACCCAUACAAGAAAGUAAAAGACAUGCAUCCAAUAUAAUGGUGGAUUCAACUGAUGUACCAAAGAAAUCAAUGGUGGCAGAGGGCAUUGACAGUGAUAGAAAAAAGAGGGAUUCUUCUUCAGAUGAGAAUAGUUGUUCUUAUUCUAAGUAUGAGAAAAAUGAGCCCGAGUUCAAGGGACCAAUAAAAGAUUUCUCUCAGUACAAAGAGUAUGUGCAAGAAUAUCGUGAUAAGUAUGAUAGCUAUUGCUCGUUGAACAAGACCCUAGAGAGUUACAGGAAUGAGUUUGAAAAGCUAGGAACGGACCUUGAUUAUGCUACUAGAGACACAGAGAAAUAUUAUAGCAUUGUGGAGCAGCUGAAGGAUUCAUAUCGUCAAUGUGGAACGAGACAUAAGAGGCUGAAAGGAAUAUUUGUGGUACUUCAUGAAGAAUUGAAGCAACUUAAGCAAAGGAUUAAGGACUUUGCAGUCUCAUACAUGGCCUGAAAGAGGGAAUCUCAUCCUCGUCAUUCACUAUAAUUGAAACCUCUUCCUUCAGGCCCGAGGGUGUGACUAGGAAGUUAUAUGUUGAAAACAGCACAACAGAGUCCUCUCUCUCUGAAGAUGAACGCUCAUGUCACGUUGAGAGAGCAUCCGCAGUUUUGCCGUGCCCGCCCAGUAUACCCGUAAAUAGCAUUUAACUCGUAUGUACAUUAGUUUUGUAUUCAGAUCAGACCUUUUGUUCUUGACAUUGUGCUUUUUGUGGAUAUAGUUGUAUAUCAUAACACACAGGGUAGGAAGAACUCAAAGAGAUCAUUUAUACGAUUGAUGCACAUGUUGCCUUCUGUGAAA